GACGUACACCUAGGCAAUUCAGUUAGUUGAUAAGCGUUCGCAAUUCAGAAUCCAUCAAUUUUUCUUCUCGUCUAAGAAACUUAAGACAUCGGUUCAGGAAACAUACAAUCGGAAUGCUACUUAUUUUGUCCGUUAUACUAACUAUCUUCGGAGUUCUGUUCUACCAUCACAGAAAUAGACAAAAACUGUUGAAAAUUAGAUCGCACUUCGAUGGUCCCAAACCGCAUUACUUCUUGGGAACCAUGCCAAUAUUUUUUGGCAAAAGCAUUCCAGAUAUAUUUGACACUCUAAUGGGAGUUCACAAUGCGUACGGAGAAGACGUUGUCAUGAUAGGGGCCUUCAAUGAGCUGGUUAUGGAAUUAUCCGGUUCGCAAAAUGUCGAGAAGGUUUUGCUGGCCAAGUCCAUCAAGAAAUCGUUUGCGUAUGACUUUCUGGUACCGUGGCUGGGAGUAGGUUUACUGAUUUCUACCGGAGAAAAAUGGUUCCAGCGACGGAAAAUCAUCACUCCAACGUUUCAUUUCAAAAUGUUAGAGAACUUUCUGGAUGUCUUCAACAAGGAGGCGGACGUUCUGGUAUCGAAUCUUGAGCGCCACGUCGGACAAAAGGAAUUUGACAUUUAUGAUUAUGUCACUCUUUACGCGUUGGAUAGUAUUUGCGAAACAUCGAUGGGCGUUCAAGUCCGUGCUCAGGAAGACCCCAAUAACGAAUACGCUAUAGCAGUAAAACAGAUGAGCACCUUUUUCCUAUGGCGGGCGUUCAGCGUCCUGCGUUCAUUUCCGUCACUAUUUUUUCUGUAUCCUUAUGCUAGGGAACAAAAGAAAGUAAUUAUGAAGUUGCAUAAUUUUACCAACUCAGUAAUCGACUCGCGAAGACAAAUGUUGGAACAGGAAAAAUCCACCACCAAGGUGACCUUCGAUCUUGAGGAAGAAAACAUGUAUUCUAAGCGAAAGAUGACUUUCCUCGAUCUGCUGCUGAAUGUGACAGUUGAUGGAAAACUUCUCAGUCGAGAAGAUAUUCGCGAGGAAGUUGAUACAUUCAUGUUUGAGGGACACGACACCACCACUUCGGGCAUUUCGUUCACAGUUUGGCAUUUGGCUAAGUAUCAGGACAUUCAACAGAAACUUUAUGAAGAAAUCAAUCGAGUUUUGGGCAAGGAUAAAACAAAUGUCAAACUCACCAAUGUCGAAAUUCAAGAGUGUGAAUAUCUGGACAUGGUCGUUAAGGAAUCGCUGCGGUUGAUUCCCCCUGUACCGCUUAUAGGACGAAUGUUGCUGGAAGAUAUGGAAAUGAAUGGAGCAAUCAUUCCUGCCGGAACAACUAUUUCCAUCAAGAUCUACAAUAUUCACAGGAAUCCAAAAGUCUGGCCCGAUCCAGAAAAGUUCGACCCGGAGAGAUUUUCGAAAGCCAACGAAAACAAACGUGGUCCGUACGAUUUUAUCCCAUUCAGCGCCGGCUCUCGAAACUGUAUCGGUCAACGGUACGCGAUGAUGGAGUUGAAGGUGACACUUAUCAAGCUGUUGGCAAAGUACAGAAUUUUGCCGGGAGAAUCAAUGCACAAGAUGAGGCUCAAAACAGAUUUGGUAAUGCGUCCGGACGAGGGCAUUCCUAUUAAACUUGUGGCACGCGAGAUGUAGGCAUGCUUUCGUCAUUUUGUUUUGCUUCACUUAAUCGUACGUUACGUUGAAAUCCAUGAAUUAUCGAUUCAGCAAGUGAUGUCCCCACAAUAAAUUACCGAGUAAUCAUGAGACCUCCUUCAACACUGCUUUGAAAAUCGCCGGUGAAGGAUGUCUGCUAAACAAAAUAUAGGAGAGCAGACAUGUUUGUCUGCUACAUUUGAACGACUUUUGUAUUCCUUCGCCAAGCUGUACAGUUUAACUUAUAAGUCAAGAAAACAUAAAAAUGUCAUUCGAUUUCUUAAACAAACGUCAAAGGCUGUUAAUCAGUUUCUAAAUAUAAUUAUAAUUCAACAAAUAACAAUCCGAUUCAUUGUUAUUGGGAAAUUAUAAACAUUG